UUUUUAUUUUCAAUGUAUGAUCAUUUUGUUUGUAAAAGAAAUUUCUUUUGUUUAUUUCGAAAAAAAAUUUAAUGAACAUUUAAAAAUAUAUGAUCCAAUCGAAUCCAAUCAAUGCAUAUAAAAUAUCACAUUACACAUAUACGUGGUAACAUUUAACAUGCAUACAAAUAAAAUGGCCAAUCAAAACCAAAUGGCAAAGAGAAAAUGUUGCAAAAUCUUCGAUUCGAAUUUCAAUGAUUCUGUACAAAAAUAUACAUAGAUUCGAAACUUUUUCCAUCAUUAAAAUUCGAUUCAAAUGAUAAAAAAAAGAUUAUUAUCCACAUAUAUCAAUUUUACAACUGAAAAUGGAGGUUACACAGAAUAACAGAACAAUGAUGAUGAUUUGAAAUAAAUGAAAUAAUCCGUAAUAAUCGAUCAAUCAAUCAGUGAUUUUGUUUCAUCAAUUGAUACAAUUAUAUUCAUAGGAUUUUCUCCUUUUUAAAUUUUUUUUUUGUUCAAAAUGAAAACGCAAAAACUUUAUCAUUUAAAUUUGAAUUCAAAAUUGUUAACCAUUUUUUUCUGUUAAUUCAUCCUUUCUUUCGUCAUUAUUCAUCAUUCAAAAAAAAGUCUUUCGUAUUCAUAUUAAUAAUACUUUUCUCUUUUCUCAAUUUGUAUCACAAAUGACCUUUUUUUCUCGACCCAAUUCGCGGAUAUGAUGUUGUGAUCUAAAUAAGUCUCUCUCUCUCUCUCUCUCUCAUCAUUCUUUUCAUCUCUUGACUCGCUAUCAUUAUUUGAUUAGCCAACCAUCACCAACAUUAUAAUAUUAUUAUAUCGUAACCAUUUUCAAAUUGAUGAUGCAUGAUUUGUUAAAUAAACUAUUGUUUUAUUUUGAUACAAGAUUUCAAAUAUUAAUUUUUUUUUCGUUUUGAUUAAUAAAAAAAAAUGAUAUGUUCAUGAUGGUGAAAUGGCGGCCAUUUUUUAUUGACUAUAUAAUUCUGUUUUGAUUGAUUAACUGGUUUGUUUCAUAUAUUGUCCGUGUGGUCAGAAAUGGACAAUUUGUAUCCAUAGAAACGAACCGAUUAGCUCAGCUAAUUCUUGCUCAUUCAUGUAAUACAAGAAUGAGAUCCAUUUGUAUAUUUCAUCAUCAUCAUGAAGUUAUCACUGUGGAUUAGUUUGCUAAUAAUUUUCUUAUUCAUUGACAAUUGGACUUUGGCUCAAAGACCUGGUCAACGUCGGAAACCCACACGUAAACAACCAAAAAAUCGAGGACGUAAUCGUGGACAAAAAAAUGAUGAUCCUGGAAUCUAUUGUUAUACUUGUUUUGCAGAUUUUGAACGUGUUCCAUUGACGGUAUUCAAUCCGGUCACUUAUAUUUACAAUAAUCCAUGUUAUAAUCCAGCAUUAAAUUAUACGCUUACAGAUAAUGAGUAUCUAACCAAAUGUUCAUCGACUACCAAAUAUUGUAUGGUUGAUGUAACACGAUUGAAUGGAGUACUCAUUUCGGUCGAUCGACGUUGUGGACAAUCAACCUGUCGUAAAACUUGUCUUUCACGUGGAUAUGGUGUAAUCCGUGAAACUUGUACAUUUUGUUGCGGUGGUCGUAUAAAUGAAGAUCAUCCGGAUUAUGAUGAAGAAAUAAAUUCUGUUUAUAAAUGUCCUAGUGAACCACAUUGAAUACAAAUGAAUUGAAUUGUUUUAAUUAUUCUCUAUUAAAAGUCUAUCAUAUUACUAAUACAAUGAAAAAUGUGUCGUGUGUUAUUAUU